AUCCCGCUCGGCGCGCCCUGAGACCAAAGCACUGCCAUGAAGGGCGAAGCUCUGCUUUCUCCCUACUGGAUAUGUAACUACAAUUUGGCCUAUGGCCAUGGAUCAUGAUGGCCUCACAUUUACAUGCUAAAAUGCCUUGAAGCUUCUUUCACUUUCUGCAUUCUGCUCUGCUGAAGUGAUGUUUUUUUCUGCCAUGCUAACACCAGCUCAUUCUGGGACUCUAAACACAACUAUUAUUGUCUAUGAAAAUGCCUACGCAAACAUUACCACUCCCUUCUUGGUUCGUAGUGGCACAACACAGCCACUGAAGUACCAUUGGGGUGCCAUGGUUACCAAUGAAGUGCCAGCGUUGACCAUCAACAGCACGCCUGCCCUUCCUUUGCAAGACUUCAAAAGCUUGAGCCUGCCACUUCAAAUCAUGCUUUCUGCUGCCAUGAUAUUUAUACUCCUGGUUUCUUUCCUUGGUAACCUUGUUGUCUGCCUUAUGGUCUAUCAAAAGACUGCAAUGCGAUCUGCUAUUAACAUCCUCCUAGCUAGCCUGGCUUUUGCCGACAUGCUGCUUGCUGUGCUGAAUAUGCCAUUUGCUUUGAUAACCAUCAUCACAACUAAGUGGGUUUUUGGGGAUAUCUUUUGCAGAGUCUCCGCCAUGUUUUUCUGGCUCUUUGUCAUUGAAGGGGGUGCCAUCCUUCUCAUCAUUAGCAUUGACAGGUUCUUUAUUAUAGUUCAGAAACAGGAUAAGCUGAAUCCUUAUCGUGCAAAAGUCCUCACUGCAGUUUCCUGGGUCACAGCCUUUGUAGUGGCUUUCCCACUCUCAGUGGGGAACCCCAGCCUACAGAUACCUUCUAAAGCACCUCAGUGUGUGUUCAGCUACACAACCAACCCUGGCUACCGUGCCUAUGUAAUAUUGGUGGUCCUGAUUUCCUUUUUCAUUCCAUUCUUGGUGAUGUUGUACUCUUUUAUGGGCAUCCUCAAUACUAUGCGGCGCAAUGCGGUCCGCAUCCAUAGCCACCCAGACAGCAUCUGCCUCACUCAAGCCAGCAAACUGGGUCUCAUGAGCUUCCAGAGACCCUUUCAGAUGAACAUAGAUAUGAGCUUUAAAACUCGUGCCUUCACAACUAUCUUGAUUUUAUUCAUUGUCUUCAUAAUCUGCUGGGCCCCCUUCACCACCUACAGCCUUAUUGCCACCUUCAACAGCCACUUUUAUCAGAAGCACAACUUUUUUGAGAUAAGCGCUUGGCUUCUUUGGCUCUGCUACCUCAAAUCUGCUCUGAACCCACUGAUUUAUUACUGGAGAAUCAAGAAAUUUCAUGAUGCGUGCUUGGACUUGAUGCCCAAAUACUUCAAGUUUCUGCCACAGCUACCUGGUCACACUCGAAGACGUAUCCGGCCUAGUGCUGUCUAUGUAUGUGGGGAGCACCGGUCAGUAGUGUAAAAUGUGCAGGAAGGGAGUGGACUGUUGCUCUUUUCUAAUGUAUGCUUGACUUGAUAGGAGUUUUUUUU